CCCUGAAUAACACUACCUUCUCAUGCAAUGUGUUUUCUUUAUUUUCAUGACAAUUUACAAUGGGAGGUUCUCACUGAAGGCAUCAAAACUAUGAAUGAACAUGUGGAGUUAUGUACUUAACCAAAAAAGGUGAAGUAAUUGAAAACAUGUUUUAUUUUCUAUUUUCUUCAAAAAAAAGCCACCCUUUGCUCUGAUUACUCUUGGCAUUCUCUUGAUGAGCUUCAGAAUUGAUUUUCCAACAGUCUUGAAGGUGUUCCCAGAGGUGUUUAGCACUUGUUGGCCCCUUUGUAAAUGGGCAUGGUCAUGAAAAUAAGGAAAGCACACUGAAUGAGAAGGUGUGUCCAAACGUUUAGCCUGUACUGUGUAUUACUACUGUAAGCCAUCAUGCACCUGCGGUUUUCAUUUCUGGUCGCUAGAUGGUGAUAAUGAGCACUGUUCGAUAUCAAAAACAGCUGUAAAAAGACAGAGGAAGAAGGAAGGCUGUGAUGUUUUACAGGUUCUUCCACCUCGGAAGAGGACUUUGCAGCUGCAAGGUGAUCAUCAAGGAUGGAGUGGGUUGAUUUACAGUGUCAACAAAGAAAUGCUAGAUCAUUAUAACACGCUCAUAACAGGUUAAAAGCAGACAGCGUUUCAUGGGUUAAGACUGUCAAAUUAAAUUCACUUAGAAUUUAUGAUUCAAAAAUUCCAGUAGGAAAUUAUUCUUAAAAAAAAAGUGAACAACACUAUUCACCAAAUCAUGCAUAUUAGAUUAAAUAUAAGCCUUUUUGGGUGAAAGCCCCUAAAUCAAUAAACAAAAACCUACUGUUAGUGUGAUACAAAUCAAUAGUUAAGCUAUUACAAUGACGCAAAGCCAUUAGACGCAGGAGAUUGCAAAAUAAAUGUGUUUGUUUUUCUUGACUGCGUCUUUACAUAAACUCAAAUAAGCAAAUGAACAUAAAUAUGAAAGCAAAGCCAUCGCAAUGACAACAAUCCAAUUUAUUAUGAUUAGACAAUCAGUUGUUAACCGAUUUAUUAUGAUUAGACAAUCAGUUGUUAACCGUGGCGUGCCUAGCUGUGAUCCUACACCUCCUUCAGAAUUCACUAGUGUUGCAGAUCUGUUGGCUGUGGAGGUCAUAAUAACACGUGUCCCUCAGUUUUAUCUGUUUGGGUGAACUUUUGCAGAUUGCUGUCCUAAAAGAAGCCAUUCCAUUAAAGUUAAGAUACCUUAACUCACUCAUAGACUACAAAUAAGGUCUCAGAUCAGCUUUGAUCUCAUUAAUAGACAUUCCUUCAGGAAGAAGUGACUUCAAAUUACGCCAACAGAAAUGUGAUUAUGUAGGUGUGCCUUGAACUCGUAAGUAUUAAUUACACUUUCAAAUUUUUCUUCGGCGGUAAGCUCUUGUAGUAUAUUAAUCGGGGUGCUGAAUGUGAUGAUGACCUGUUACAGGGUUGGAUCAGGAUCAGAUGAGCGAGUGAGGGUGUGACUGACCACUGAUGGUGAAGCAUGAUGGACCCGGAGGUGUCUGUGCUGCUGCACUGUGCAGAAUGGAGGGGGCUGCUGCAGACUCAAGUACAAGUAGAGCUUUCUGACAGUUUCAACAGGCAGACCAAUCCGUGUCUAGAACUUCACAUCAGUGAGGUUUGGACUGAGCGACUCUCUAAGGAGCCGUGGCUUUUUAACGGGGCCAAAUUCAGGCUACAUUCAUCCUGCUUGGUCUCUCCGAAAGAUCCACGUUACCCACAGCCCUCCCAUGUCCCCGUGCAGCAUUGGGACGAGGACCAGGAAAAGCAGAGAGGGGAUGAUGUUGCAGUCUGGCACAGGAUGGAAGUUAGGAAUGAGUGUUUAAAUCAGACCCAGAAUGUUGGAAGUGUCUUUCGGAAGACUGCCAGCAUGCUGUCACAGGAGAGUUCUACUCCACAGGGCUCCACGGGUGAUGAUCAGUCACACCGUGGGCCGUUCCUCACCCUGAGGCUGGGCCUCACCUGCUACAAGGACUACCUGGGAACCAACUGGUCGGGUCGAGUGUCAGAGCUUUGUAUGCGUGGAGAGGAGGAGUUUGGUGAUCCUCUGGCGCUGCUGGCUCAGCCUCUUGGUGUGGGCGCCGUGCUGUGCACAGCCGACUGUCAGGUGGUGAUGAUCAGGAGGAGCCAGAGAGUGGCUGAGGCGGGGGGGCUCCUGGAUAUUCCCGGAGGUCACCCAGAGCCAAAGGCGGUGUGUGAGUGUCUGGGUCUGGAGGUGAGAGAAGAGCAGAUCAGUGCAGUGAUGAUGCAGCAGAGACCGGACGCCGUCGUCUCUGAGCUGUUCUCCUCUGUGAGCUCCGAGAUCAGAGAUGAGGUGAAUAUUCCUGUGGAUUUCCUCGGAGCGCCUGUCCUUUUGGGCGUGGCUCUGAAUAACACCAACGCUGGAAGGCCGAGCGCUGAGUUCUACGUCAGUUGCUCGCUGACUUCUGAUGAAGUCAGAAAGUUGUACUGGAAAGGAGGAGCUGAGGCCAACGAGUCCACGGACGUGGUCUUCCUCAGCAGAAUGGUCUUGCAGCUGAACAGAAGCAGCCCGCUCUGGUCUGAAAUGUGUCCAUCAGCUAAAGGAGCCGUUCUUCUCUAUCAGGCGGUGAAACCAGAUGGAAACCCAACAGCCAGCAAACCUGAACUCAACUCGUCUCAUUCACCAGCACCACACACCGACCAACACUGGUGUUAAAACUCUUCAGAAUACCGUUUAUCCAUCUUUAUUCCUGCAUCAUGACAUGUCAUAAAACAUUUUCAAUUAAAAAAUCUUACAAAUAGUUUUUCUUUGAAAUAAAAAUCUUUGAAUGUCAAA